AUGUUCUUCUACAUUGUCUGCGCUCUUGCCCUACUCAACGCCUUCACAAGUGUAGCGGAACCGUGCGUGGAUAAAGCGGCGGAGACGANAGCAGGAGAAAGAUUUUGUGUAUACAUGCAAACACCUCUACCAAACGACAACGAGCCUCCAUGCAUAACCUCUAACUAUCACGCAAUUGCGAAGGAAUAUUGUGCUAAGUCGUGUAAUCUUUGUGACUAA